AUGCGUACAUGCAUUUUGAAGCACACAGACCACAAAUACGCAUACUCCUGUGUUAAGUCCGGCUACCAUCCAGCAGUUGUUGUGAUGGAUCUUCACAAAAAGGCGGCAUUUAAUAUGCCCGUGAGUGACAUUCCUGCUCCACCACCUGAGUAUGAUGGUCGAGUCAAUAUGAAAGACUUUUGGGCAUCCGUGACUGCCGAAAUAGUUAGCCAGGGCCUGUUGGGCAGUGCCCGUCAAAAUCCUUUUUUGGUGUCACCAUCAUACAACUACUGGGCUCCUUGGAUAGGUCCCAACACCAGAAAAGAAGAUACAGUUUUAAAUACUGAGUAUGCCAUGAUGCACGCUCCAAGACCAGCUACUGAAGAUGCCGAACUUGAAGUUACCGAAGAGAGGCUAGAAGAAGUGCUUACCAAUCUUAAGGUGGAUGUGGUGCGACGCCUUUGCAAGCAGUGUGGUCUAGACCCAUCAGGUUCCAAAAUGAAUCUUGUUGUAAGACUUAGACAGGAGAUGAGAAACAGGUCUUCUUAUGACAAGGUCUUCCAGAAGGUUUGGGGGGCUUCAGGGGGCUGGGCAGUCAUCACAUGCCCCUGUGGAGUUGUGUAUUCGCUGAAGUUCCUUAUUCGGGCAGAGUCUCCACGUGACUAUGCAGAUUGUCUUUUGUCUUUUAAACAUUUCCCAAAUAUCUAUGACUUUGCAAGGGGCUUAGCCACAUACACUUACCUAAGGGAGCUAGAAUGUGUCCCUUUCAGACCUUAUGAGGAACGAUUAAAAGAGCCCACUCCAGAAAAUAUCAAGCUGGCCGUUGAGGGUAAGCUGAAAGUAAACCUCCUUUGGUUGAAGGAAAAGAAGGACAACGUGGACCCAGACUGUCACCCUAUUACAGGUUCAGCUGAACAUUACGCACUUUACGAUCUGUUUCAUGAAAAGAACACAAAAGAUGCUCGAGAUGCACUGUGUAACGUUCAGAUAGUCCCAGAAUUGGCAGGCUGGGUGAACAGUCAAUGUGCUGAACAGCUUUUUUCUGACAUGAGAAAAAACAAUUACUUCCUCAACACACUCACUCCAUCUGGACACAUUUUCUUGAUGCGAAAUAUACUACAGCAUUAUAACACAAAACGAAAUAAGAAGAUAGAAGAUGGCAUCAGAAAGAUUGUACCACAGAAUUCCCAGUUGCGUUUAGAUGAAAAUGGCCAAAUAAUAAUGGAAGCCGCAGGCUCAGAUGGGGCACCAGCAGCGACAGCCUCAGAUGGGGCACCUGCAUCCGUCGCUAGACUGAUGCGUGCUGAAAGGGAAAUAAAAGACUUCCGGCGCUGGGAAUGCCCGAAGACUUUGAUUGCACAAAGCAACAGGAUGAAGUCAUCGGUUCUGUCGGCACAGCAGUCUUAA